AGGUAGGGCUAUGGCGCCCAGGCACCCUGGUGGUUAAGCACCGCAGUUCAAUGUAUGAAUUUUACCCAAGGCCAACUUUGUCCUUGUCCUAGCUCCGUCUGGGCGAGUAAAAAGUCAAAUGUCUUUCGCACUGGGCUUGGUUUUUUCCCAUGCGAGCAAAAAGACAUGUUGGGUGCAAAACAAUACAUCUGUCUAAUUUAUCUGUUUGUCCGCAGCAGAAUGUUAUUGGAAUUUGUUUUUUAAAAUGAUAGAUGUCUAUCUAUGCUUCAAUAAGCUGUUUUUGUUAGGAACUGUUAUUGUGUGUGUGUUGCAAGCACUAAUUAAUAUUUAUUAACGUAGACAAUGACUGAGUCAGUAGACGAUCCUAUGACACAAUACAAGCUUCAGUUAGCUACCGUGGAAGAAAGCCUCAAAACUGCUUCUGAUGAUAAAAGAGCUGAUUUAUUGGAUCUCAGAGAAAAAUUGACUGAAGUUAUUAUUUUAUUACAAGGUAGCCAAGCAGUUUCAACUGCUACUGAAAUUGUAAGUGAAGUAAAACGGUCAGAUUUGAAACCAGAAGAUGAGGAGUUUCUUAGGUUUCAGAUGGAAAUCAGUGAAUUAGAAAAAGGAUCUACUUCUAAAGGUGAGAAAACUGAACCAGAUGUUGGAGGUGAUGUGCACCAUGAACUACACAAAGUUUUAUCAUCCAUGGAAGGUAGUAAAUGUCGAGCUCCUUUCAUUCGCCAAUGGGGUGAGAAAGCAUAUCAUAAUGCUAUCAUAUUAUCAACUGAUUUGGAGGAACAGGACUUGGAUGAUUUGGCCAAUGUUCAGGUGAAAGUUAUGUUUUGUAAUCCACUGUGUGAUGAAAUGAAACCAUGUCCUUAUUUCUUAGAUGGGCAUUGCAAAUUUGAUCAAGAGAAAUGCAGAUAUUCACAUGGCUAUGGUGUAAAAUAUUCAGAAUUGGAAGAAUAUGUUUUGCCAGAUUACAGUAAUGUACAACGAGAUUCUAAAUGUUUGGCAAAGUAUAAGGAUGGAUUAUGGUAUACAGCUGUCAUAGAAAAUUGCUUAACUGAUAAUAAAUAUUUUGUGAAGUAUGACAAUAAUGGAAGUACAGAUACCCUUGCUGCUUAUGACAUACUUCCUUUAGAGGGUUUAACCUUAUCAGAUGAUGAUGAAGGUAGUAGUAGUGAUAGUUCUUGUGAAGAAUCUCAUUUGAAGUUUGAAGAAAAAUCCGAUUUACAGAAUACUCCAACUGAAAUAAAUUACAUGACAGAAAUAGGCUCUUCUCCAAUUGGUUUGUGGGAACAGCAUACUAAGGGAAUUGCCUCAAAACUAAUGGCCAAAAUGGGUUAUGUUUGGGGUCAAGGGCUUGGAAAAAAUUCAGAUGGAAGAAUUGAUCCUGUGGAAGCUAUAGUUUUACCUAAAGGAAAAUCAUUAGACCAUUGUGUUGCAAUUAGGGAGAGUACAGGUCCAGUUUCUGUUGAAGAUAAAUUCAAUGCAGAAAAAGUGAAAGAGCAACAAAGAGUGGAAAAAAUGGAGAAGAAUAAUGCUCCAGAAGCUACAGUGUUUGAUUUCCUUAAUAAAAAUAUAUUAGCAAAAAGUGGUAAAUAUUAUUUUAUUGCUUAG